UUGAAAAGGUAAAUUUCAGUUACCCCCCGCAGCCGCAGAAAUACCCAAUCUAGGGUCUCGACUCUACUCCGUAACAUCAAAUUUCACUUUAUAACUGCGUUCGUUGAUGAGUACUUCAAUAUUCCGAGCUUCACUGCCGGAACGGUCUUCACGCCGCAGCUCAAUAUUAGCCACUGGCGAUGUGGCAUCUUCUUCUGGUCCCAACCAGACACUCCCCCAUUGCCAUUUCAGUAUUUGACCGAGCUUACCGGAAUAAGGAGAAGAACAGAGUUCCAAUGUUGGUGCGGGAUGACAAACUCACAAAGCUCUUGGUGGAAAAGGUUGAAUUCUGCCAACCCCAAGCGGGCAUGCCACCAGGACAUGUAGGUCUCGGUACCUAGAGUUGGGGAGUUCCCAGAAGCAGCUGGGAGUGGCAAACUCACAAAGCUCUUUAUCCCAAGUUUGGAGAGCAUUGUUGCCAGAUUGAACUUUACACAAUUACACCACAGCACAUGCUCCAUUACUGGCAUGUCAAAGCUGGAGGCGCCUCCUUCAAAUCCCCACUUGGACCCUUCCAGUGGCCCUCCGAUUGUGGUACCCCAAGAAACAUGUCUUACACCCAGUGAAAUAUCUUCUAUAAUUGAUUCUUUCAAGGACAAGUUUGUCUUGGAGCGCCAUUCUUAUAUUAAGAAAAAGAUUGCGGACAAUACACAGGAGUUGGCUGGUGUAACUAGAGAUCUUUAUAAAUUGUCAAUAGAAAGGAGAAAUCUUAAGAUUCUUGUUGGUGAUGGAAGUUCAGAUCUGCACUCAAAGAGGCAGAAGGGUGCUGUUGAUUUGCAAAACAGCAUUGGUACUGGCAGCGGAAAUAACAUCUGUAGCUCUCAAGAAAAUGGUUAUGCAUCCUCAGAUCUACGAUCCAGCAUUGUUCUCAAGGAUGCUGUUUGCCCCAUUGAACUCCCAAAAUUGGAAAAACUACCUCCAUACACUACAUGGGCUUUUCUACAUAGAAACCAAAAGAUGACUGAGGAUCAAUCAGUGAUAGGUCGCAGAAGAAUCUAUUAUGACAAGAAUAGUGGUGAAACCCUAAUUUGCAGUGAUAGUGAUGAAGAAAUAAUUGAAGAAGGAGAAAAGGAGUUUGCAGAGUCUGAAGACUAUAUUCUGCGGAUGACUAUUGAAAAGGUUGGAUUGUAUGAUACGGUGUUGGAUUUGUUGGCCAAUCAUUUCUCUAGAAAACCUAGUGAAGUAAAGGCAAGAUAUAAAGAUCUCAUCAAGGAAGGGGCUACUUCUAAGAAUGUCACCACAAAUUCAUAUUUAAACAAAGAUCUUGUUGCAGCUCUGAGUUCAAAGGUUGGAUUGUAUGAUACGGUGUUGGAUUUGUUGACCAAUCAUUUCUCCAGAAAACCUAGUGGAGUAAAGGCAAGAUAUAAAGAUCUCAUCAAGGAAGGGGCUACUUCUAAGAAUGAAAACACUGAAGUCACCAUAAAUAAAUAUUUAGGCGAAGAUCUUGAUGCAGCUCUGAGUUCAUUUAACAAUUUAUUUUGCCGGCGAUGUUUUGUCUUUAAUUGUCAAUUGCAUGGAUGCUCACAGGAUCUUAUUCUUCCGAAGCAAAUACUUGUGAAGGAGGAACUUUGUGCACACUAUACUCCGUGUAAUUGUAAACCUUACUGUGGAAAGAAGUGUCCUUGUGUUGUAAAAUCCAUCUACUGUGAAAAAUUCUGUGGAUGCCCAUUGAAAUGCAAGAUACGAUUUCAAGGUUGUCACUGUACCAAAAAUGAGUGCGCAACUGAUCAUUGUCCAUGCUAUGCAUCUGGAAGAGAAUGUGAUCCUGAUGUUUGUUGUUUUUGCUGGGUUAGUUGCGGUGAUGGUUCUAUUGGGAUUCCUCUUGGCAAAGUCUCCAACCACAAAUGCCAGAAUAUGAAGUUACUUCUUGGAAAACGGCAAAAGGUUCUUCUUGGAAGAUCUGAUAUUGCUGGAUGGGGAGUUUUCUUAAAGAAUUGUGUCUCAAAGAAUGAAUUCAUUGGGGAGUACACUGGGGAAUUAAUCUCACACAUUGAAGCUGAUAAGCGUGGCAAGGUCUAUGAUCGUCAAAACUGUUCAUUCCUCUACAAUCUAAAUGAUCAGCUCGUGAUUGAUGCUUAUAGAAUGGGUAGCAAACUGAAGUUUAUCAAUCAUUCUCCCGAUCCUAAUUGCUGUGCAAAGAUCAUCGUAGUGGGUGGAGAACACAGGCUGGGCAUAUUUGCAUUAAAAGAUAUCAAUGCUGGAGAUGAACUGUUGUGUGAUUAUCAAUAUGACCCAGACACUUGUCCUGCCUGGGCAAAGGAUCUGCAAUCAAGUUCUAAGAUGGAUGAUUGCUGAACCUUCAAGCUCCUCUUACUAAGAAGCUUACAUAACUACAUAUUCUUGAUUUCUUUCUAUCAUUUUUUCCCUGGACAGAAACAUCAUUUUCAAGGGAAAAUUAGGAGGGACUGUCUCAUCAUUACCAGGCACUAUUGUUAGUCAGAUUGGUAAUUCAUUAAGAUCAAGUAGUAAGAGCCCAGGACUACUUUUCUAGAAUCUCAAAGGUCUAGCUAGCAUGCACUAUAUCAAUAGUUAUACUGUGAACUAUAGUCCUCACUACAAGGUGGACCACUAAUAUACAUGUUCAUUUUUAGUAUCCAGCAGGUUCAUUUUUAAUAGGUU